AUGGCUGCCCACCUCGCUGACACCAAGGUCCACAUGCUGCCCACCGUGGGGGCCACCCGGAGGGGUGGGGCUGAUGUACUGGCCUGGAGCACAGACCAGCUGCCUGCCCACAGGUACUUCCGGGCUGUCUUUCUCCUCCUGGCCCUGACGCUGUUCCUGCUGGCCGGGUUCCUGCACCUGGACAUCGAGCUGUUCAUGCCCCUGUUCAGGGGCCAGGACACUGGGCCACCGGUCACCAGCAUCAUGUUCCUCAAGACACACAAGACGGCCAGCAGCACCGUGCUCAACAUCCUCUACCGCUUUGCGGAGACACACAACCUGUCCGUGGCACUGCCCGCUGGCUCGCACUUCCACCUGGGCUACCCCUGGCUGUUCCUGGCACGUUAUGUGGAGGGCGUCGGGCAGGAGGGCCCUGGCUUGCAGCGGCGAUUCAGUGUCAUGUGCAACCACCUGCGGUUCAACCCAACGGAGGUGCAGAAGGUCAUGCCCCAAAACACCUUCUACUUCUCCAUCAUUAGAAACCCAGUGUCCCAGUUGGAGUCCGCCUUUACCUACUACAAAGGCGUCGUGCCCGCCUUCCGUAGCGCCAAGAGCCUGGACGCCUUCCUGGCCUCUCCGCACAGCUACUACAAGGGCAGCCUCAGCCUGCAAAACGCCUAUGCCAGGAACAACAUGUGGUUCGACUUCGGCUUCGACAACAACGCGCCGGCCGAAGACAGCUACGUGCAGGCGCGCCUGGCGGAGCUGGAGCAGCACUUCCAGCUGGUGCUCAUCGCCGAGUACUUCGACGAGUCCAUGGUGCUGCUGCGGCACUUGCUGCGCUGGCGACUGGACGACGUCGUCUCCUUCCGGCUGAACAUGCGCAGUGAGCGCACCGUGGCGCGCCUGGCGCCCGAGACGCAGGAGCGCGCCAAGCGCUGGUGCGCGCUCGACUGGCGUCUGUACCAGCACUUCAAUCGCACCUUCUGGGCGCGGGUGCAAGCCGAGCUGGGCCCGCGCCGCCUGAGCAGGGAGGUGGCGCGGCUACGCGCGCGGCAGCGCGAGCUCGCUGCCCUGUGCCUGCUGGAUUCUGCGCCCAAGAACCGAAGCCAGAUCACCGAUCGGCACCUGCUCCCCUUCCAGUCGGGCGCAGCGGACAUCCUGGGCUACAACCUCAGGCCAGAUCUGGACAAUGAGACGCUGCGCACUUGCCACAGAAUGGCAAUGCCCGAGCUCCAGUACAUGGCCCACUUGUACGCCCUGCAGUUCCCUGGCAAGCCCCCCAAGAACAUUGGGUUCCUGGGAAAAUAGGGGCCAUACCGGGAAGAAGGCCACCUGACAUCAGGCACCUGGGAGAUGCAGGCCUGGCCCCACUCGGGCCCUGCCGAGAAGAGGGUGAAGACCCUGGAGUGCCACCACGUCUGCCCCUCUGAGAAGCAGGGCCAGGACAGCAGGUGUGCCUGGCUUGAGCAUGAUGACUACUCACUGGGCAGGAAGGCUCACGAGGCAGCGGCAGCGUCCACUCUCUGGGCACGCUGCCAUCCCUGGGUGCCUGGAGGGAGCUGGAGCUGCUCUUCUGGAUUUCCUGAACACAGGAAAACCCCCUAUGUGAGGACCCACAGGCAGUGCCACCAAGCUGGGCUGGGGAGGCCUGCGUUGUUGUCGAGUGGCUUUCCCCAGUCGCUGGUCUUUUCCCUUCUGAAGGCAGUUUAGAUCCAGAAAUGUCAGCGUCACUUAUGAGACCCAUGGGGGUGGCCCAGACCCCGCUCAGCCACACAGCCUGCCAUGCCAGCCCUGCACGUCCAAGGACACAGGUCAGACUUCUAGGGCCUGAGGGCCAGGGCCUGACCAGUCUCGGAGACCUCAUCAGUGUGGCCCUGGACACCUCCUACCUGUGGCCGGGACUGAGCCCCACACCUUCUUUCGUGUUGAGAACGAGAUACAGCUGGUUUUUCCACUUUCCAAAAUCCUUUCCAGAGGGCCUGGGUGGAGUCACGCCUGCAAACACUGAGGGCCCAUUUUGGCCCGUUGGGAGGGCUCUUCCCACACCUCGUCCCUGGCAUGAAGUCUUCUGGCAUAGCUUUCCUACCUCCGCUAAAGUGGAUUGCAGGCGUUAUUUUGCUGAUCUCUUCUGCGAUCACCAAGCUGAGAAUUUCAAACUCUCCUGUUGAAGCACGCACAAUUCCAUCUGGGAGGUGUGCCUCCAUUAUAAACUUAGACCGCUACAACUGGAAACUUGCCUUCUUUGUGCCUAAGAGCAGAGGGCAUUAGCAUUCCUGUUUCCUUUAAACCCCACUCCUCCUAGUGGCCUCCAGUCACCGGACCUUGCCCUGAGCCAUGAAGAUUAUUAAGAUUCCAUUGUGUUUAGGUAGGGAUGGACCAUCCCCUUACGGAUGAUUAACCUGCGCUUUCUGCCUCUGUGACUCGGUUUUGCUUUCUUUCCUUACGGGUGUAAAACCGGACCCCACUGCUCUUUGUCCUUGUGAUUGCCACAUCAGCCCGGAAGAGUGUGGUUUUUGCCUUUAUAAGCACCCCUCACGUUGCACUGGGGCGGUGGGAUUUUGAGAGACAUGAGUCCCCCCUUAUGCC